AUGACGAAACAGUCGUCUUUUAGCAUGCUGAAGACGACCGGACGGCGACUGUCGCGAAUUGCCGCGUCGCCGCGUCCACGAACGCGGAACUACACCUUGGGUAACAUGCCGCCGCCUCCGGCAGUUAACAUUCGCACUCAUGACAUGAUUUCCCCACAAGAACGCAGAUUUCUGGAGGCGGCUGAGCGAGGCGAUAAACCCACACUUCAGGAGUGCCUAUUUCAGAAAGAUGGUGAAGCACCAUUGAAUGUGAACUGUCUGGAUUCAAUGGGACGAUCUGCACUGGAAAUCGCAGUCGAUAACGAGAACAUUGAGGUUGUCGACUUGCUUCUCAAACAUCCGGAUAUUCGAAUCGGUAACGCCUUACUCUGCGCUAUUCGUGAAGGCGUCUAUCGAUUAGUUGAGAUGCAAGUAAAUCACCCAUCGAUCACGAGAGAGAUGCUUGGUGACGGGUGGAGUGAGCACCUAGAUCCGGCCGAAGCAGCAUCGGCUGAAUAUUCAAGUGAUAUCUCUCCAAUUAUCCUGGCGGCCCAGCUGAAUCAAUUCGAGAUUCUUCAGAUGCUGCUUAGAAAGGACGCAAGAAUCGAGAGACCACAUCGGUACUCUUGCAUUUGCGAAACGUGUGAUCGCGAACGACUCAACGACUCGCUACAGUACUCGCUGAAGCGGAUCAACACCUAUCGAGCACUGGCGAGUCCUGCUUGGAUGAGCCUUACAAGUCCCGAUCCCAUUCUUUCCGCGUUCAAGCUUAGCUGGGAAUUGCAACAGUUGGCUGUGGUUGAGCACGAGUUCAAGGAAACCUACUUACAGCUUGCCGAACAAUGCAAGCAAUUCGCCUGCGAUCUCAUUAGCCAAUGUCGAAGCAGUGAAGAGGUGAUCGCUGUUCUCAACAAAGAUUGUAACGCUCACGACGAAAAUGUGGAUGUGUGGGCUUCGAAGCUGAGCUUAUCCCGUUUGAAGCUGGCCAUCAAAUACGAACAAAAAGCGUUUGUCUCUCAUCCCCAUUGUCAACAACUGCUCACAUCGAUUUGGUAUGAGGGAUUUCCCGGCCGACAGCAGCGCGGAUCGGCAUGGAAUAUCAUCGUCUGCAUCGCUUUAAUCAUUCUUUGGCCUGUUCUUGCUGUCUGCUACAUUUUAAUGCCAAAGAGUCGCAUUGGUCGAAUCGUUCGCUCGCCUUUCAUGAAGUUUCUGUACUACUCCAUAUCAUUCGGCUGCUUUCUUCUGUUGUUAACUUUGGCCACGUUUGAGAGCUACCGAAGUGAGAAAGGAGAGCGGAAGGGCGGUGGGAAAACGCGGGCGUCUGAUCGUGGCCCUCCACCGACCAUCAUCGAAUCAUUGGUUGUGGCGUGGGUUCUCGGAAUGCUGUGGUCGGAGAUAAAACAGCUGUGGGAGGAAGGAUUCACUAAAUAUAUUCAUCAAUGGUGGAAUUGGCUUGAUUUCAUCAUGAUCUGCUUGUAUUUAUGCACAAUUUCAGUCAGAUUAAGCGCUUAUUGGAUCUUUAAUGCCUCGGACAAUCAACAACGGUACUCAAUCCGAACAUUCUGGCAUGCUUAUGAGCCAAUGUUGGUGGCUGAGGCGCUGUUCGCUGUUGGAAAUGUAUUCAGUUUUGCUCGCAUCAUCUACCUUUUCCAAACGAACCCCUAUCUUGGGCCCUUACAGAUUUCUCUUGGAUGUAUGCUUGUCGACGUUGCCAAGUUCUGUUUUAUCUUCGUUCUUAUUAUAAGCAGUUUUAGCAUCGGACUGGCGCAACUCUACUGGUACUACGAUCCAGAAACUCCAGUAUGCAUGACAAAUGAUUACUGUACUAUCGAAUCGAACGUGUUUUCGUCAAUAGCUGACUCGUAUCUAACGCUUUUAUGGUCACUGUUUUCGAUUACAAAGGUUGAAGAUACAGAUGUCGUUGAGAAUCAUCACCUCACUCAAUCCGUCGGACGAGCGAUGUUCAUCAUGUACCACUGCACGUCGAUAAUCGUUCUUUUGAAUAUGCUGAUUGCGAUGAUGAGCCACUCCUUCCAAAUUAUCAACGAUCAUGCGGAUUUGGAAUGGAAAUUUCAUCGUACGAAGCUGUGGAUGGCACACUUUGACGAGGGAUCGAGUUUGCCGCCUCCGUUCAACAUUAUUAUCACACCAAAGGCAAUAUAUUACUUUCUGUUGUCGAUAGUGAACACAUUGCGCUGGAUUCUCGGGAACUAUACCUAUACGAAGAACAGGAACCGAGCCACCAUUAGGCGACCCGGUUAUUCAAGGAAAAAAACUCAAAUGGAGCAGAAUCACGAAGAGAAUGCAAAUAGAAAACCGUUGACCUAUGCGGACAUCAUCCAACGACUGGUUGCCAGAUUCAUUCAUCAAACGAAGAAAGACAUGAAGAUGGACGGUGUGAAUGAAGAUGACCUGUUGGAAAUCAAACAGGAUAUCAGCAGCCUUCGGUAUGAACUGAGGGACGAUCGUCGUCGGGAGAUUGUUCGUAGCUCCUCUCAUAUUGACGCCGUGAAGAGAGACAUAAUGCGCACCAUGAGCAGUACAAGGUACGGUGUUUCGCCUCAUCGUACUUCUGUCGCCGAGGAGUUGGAACUUGCCAGUACUGAUGACGAUGAAGAGAGACUCAUGCACUUAUUUUCUCUCAGUAAGCUUAAGAAUGGCAAAAGAUCGUCUGAAACUUUUGACCUGGAUUUGACGGAGAGACCGAGGCUUAUCGGUUUUCAACGUUGCUCGGAAAGGCAGCACCUGUCUCUGGGCAAAAGCGAUACCUCGUUCAGCUAUCCGAUCAACGGAAUAAUGAUAAGAUCAACGCCCCUCAAGAGUGCUUCUAAGUCAGUUUCAAUGUUUAUAGAAGCGUCCAUAACCUACUCUCCUGCAAAUUUUGUUUUUGUAGUACUCCUCUCCAAACGAGAUUGUCGUGAAGAAACUUUCCAGUCUAUAGAUAAACCUUCACCUGUAUCACCAGUUAAACCUUCGGCAAGCGAAAUCUGUUGA